AUGACACCAGUCACCCCAUACAACAUCGCCGUUCCGGACGAGAAACUCCAGGAGCUCCGCCACAAGCUGGAGUACACUAUCUUCCCUGAUGAGCUCGAGGCUUCGGGGUGGGAUAUGGGGGUUCCUCUUUAUGAGAUCAAGAGACUUAUUACCGUGUGGCGCGAACAGUUUGACUGGCGCGCACAGGAACGGAAGCUGAACGAGCAACUCAAGCAAGUCAAUGUUCGAAUUGGAGUGGAGGGGUUCGAAGAACUGAAUAUACAUGCUGUGCAUCAUCGGAGCGGGAAUUCAAAAGCAAUUCCCUUGCUUUUUAUCCAUGGGUGGCCUGGCAGCUUCCUCGAAGCCACCAAGCUGAUCCCACUACUCACUGAGAAGAACGGGAAUGGUCCAGUAUUCGAUGUUGUGGCACCUUCGUUGCCAAAUUUUGGAUUCUCACAGGGCAUCAAGAAGAGAGGAUUCGGGCUGGCACAGUAUGCCGAAGCUCUACACAAAGUGAUGAUCGCUCUAGGCUACGAGCAAUACGGCAAGACAGUGAUCCAAGGGGGUGACUGGGGAAGCAUGAUCGCCCGUACCAUGUCUCAGUACUACCCCGAACACACACAAGCCAUCCACCUAAACUUCAUUCCCGUCACACCACCCUACCCAUGGCGAAGUCCCUACCAGUUCCUCAAAUCUCUGUUAUCCGUGCCAUUCUCUGCGAAAGAUCGUGGCUACAUCGCCCGGACAUUGCAAUAUCUCACCCGCGACAAUGCAUACAUGAAACAGCAAGAAAGUCGACCCCGGACUCUAGGCUACGGGCUACAUGAUAGUCCCGUGGGAUUACUAUCUUGGAUCUAUGACAAAAUGCAUAGUUGGACUGACAAGUACCCAUGGACAGACGAGGAGAUCUUGACCUGGGUGAGUGUAUACUAUUUCUCCACCGCUGGGCCAAUGGCGUCAACGAGGAUCUACCACGAGGCUUCAGCGCCGAAGCGUGGUGGAAGUGCCACGAUUUCGGAAGAUGAACCCCGGGAGGAGCUACUGGAAAAAGCAGAUCUGAAUUACAUGUCGCUUGAACAAGUUCUCGGGGCUCGGGCACCGCAGAAUGUGCGCUUUGCAGUAGCACAGUUUCGGGAGGAGAUUUUUGUGUGGCCCAUGGCGUGGUAUCGAUCCAUUGGGAAUAUUGUGCAGGAAACGGAGUAUGAGUGUGGUGGCCAUUUUGCUGCCUGGGAAGUGCCCGAGUUGCUAGCGUCUGAUAUCAAAAGGUUCCUUGGAAGCAAUGGACCAGCCUACGGAGUGAUAGCCGACAGAGAUGGGUAUUGA